AGUGUGGUUCUUCGGCUUGGGGACCGGCGGCCGCAGUCCGCUCGGACGUCCCGGGCGCGGAGGGCGCCUAGCCCUGUGGAAUUGAACUGCUUGACACUUCAUUUCCUGAUAGACCGGGAGAAAUUAACAAUUGGGACUUUUCCUUAUCAUGGCUUGGUUUCCCAAAUUGCUUAAAGGCACUUUUAUUCUCAGAAAAUACCCAAAGUACAGGGUUGCCUCGUCUUGUAUUUGCUUUGCAGACUAUUGUUCGGGUACUCUCCCAAAGCCAGUGUCUGCUGCUGGGAAAGCCUCCCAGCUGGGAACAGCUCAAGGGGACUUGCAAGGACAUCAGCAGAAAGAAACUGGUGUGAGUGUGCCUUCUCCCGAGGAGACACCCCAAGUUAGCUUUGAUCAAGCCAUUGCAGAAGAAGUCAAGGACCAUCUUAGGCAUUUAAAGGAUGAAAUUGUGAGCCAUUGGAUAGGACCAGAAGGCCGGCCGCUGCAUGAAGUCUUGAUGGAACAAGCCAAGGUCAUCUGGCGGUUUCGUGGAAAAGAAGAUUUGGCUAAGUGGACAGUGACUUCUGAUAAGACGAUAGGAGGCAGAAGUGAAGUGUUCUUGAAAAUGGGCAAGAAUAACCAGAGUGCUCUGCUCUAUGGCACGCUGAGCUCCCAGGCCCCUCAGGAUGGUGAAAGUAGCCGUGGCGGCUACUGUGCCAUGAUGUCCAAGGUGCCCAGGGGCUUCUUGGAGAGGAAGAAAUUCUAUGAUUGGUCCCAGUUCAACACCCUGUAUCUCCGAGUCCGUGGGGAUGGCCGACCUUGGAUGGUGAAUAUCAAGCAGGAUACGGAUUUAGUGCAGAGGAGCAAUCAGAUGUACAGUUACUUCAUGUUCACGCGUGGGGGCCCCUACUGGCAGGACGUCAAGAUUCCUUUUUCCAAAUUUUUCUUCUCAAACCAAGGGAGAGUACGGGACGUGCAGCACCAGCUGCUUCUUGACAAGAUCUCUUCUAUCGGAUUCACCCUGGCUGACAAAGUGGAUGGUCCAUUCUUCCUGGAAAUUGAUUUUAUUGGAGUGUUUACUGAUCCAGCCCACACAGAAGAAUUUGCCUAUGAAAAUUCUCCAGAGCUUAACCCAGGACUUUUUAAAUAGAGUAUUGUGUGCCAGUUUUGUGUUUGCUAAACUAAGCCUGUAACCAUCAACAGUGAUAAAGAAAAAGAUAAAUUAUUUCUUGAAAGGCAUCCAACCAGUGGCUGGUAUGUAUUCCCUGACGAGGCCGACUCUGUGGUUGAGAGGGACGAAUUAUGCUCUGUGCCCUGUGCUGUAGCUCAUAGAAUGCGAGUGCCAGUGCAGAGGUAUUAUGUCAGUAACUUACUUGUUAGCUGAUUGCUUCCUUUUUUUUUUUUUUUUAAAGAUUUGUUUACUUGAAAGAGAUAUGUGUAAUGAGGAAGAACACAGAACUUCAAACUGCUUGUUCACUCCCUAGAUGGUCACAGCAGCCAAGGCUCGGCCAAACCAAAGCCAGGAGCCAGGAACUUCAUCUGGGUCUCCCACGUGUUUGGCAGGAGUCCAAAUAAUUGAGCUUCUGACACUUUUCUCAGGCCACAACCAGAGAGCAGAAUGGGGAAGUGGAGCAACCAGGAUGGUGCCCAUAUGGGUUCCCCUGGCACAUGCAAGGCAAGGACUUAAACCACCAGGCUACUGUGUCAUGCCCUAAAAAUAAAUCUCAAAAAAUAAAAGUGGUUAUACUCUUUUACAUUCAUAGAAAUAUAUUGGACCCAGAGGCUUUUUUUUGAGUGAUCAGCUUCUGUCUCUUGGUAGGAAAAUAUGAAUUUUUCAAAUUCUCAGGUACAGGCCAUGUUCUGAACAUAUGCAAAAUAAAGAUAAUAAAACCCAAGUGGUGUUAUGCAAAUACAAAGGAAAAUAUGCUUAUUUUUUUGGAGGGGAUGAGGAACGGUAUACUCUUAUUAAUCUUAGUUGGUCAACUAAAUCUUGAAAGACUUAUGCUUAGAAAGGAUAAAUUAACAUAAUAAAAAAUUUUAUUUAUGAAAGUCUUGAGUAGUAUAAAACUCAAACUCUAUUUGGAGGAAGAAAUGAGGAUAUUAUGUAAGCAACUCUUUUUCCAUAAAAUAAGAUGCAAGGUUGACAUAGAAUGGUCACCCUCAAAUCAUAAGACCCUGUACCUUUUUAAAUAAGCAAGGCUAGAACAGACUCAAUAAUAAAUUGUUAACAGACGUUAAGUAUAUGCAGUGAUCUGAACAAAGAGGCAAACAAACAAGAUCCUUUCUAGUAAACACAGAUACCAUACUCAUGCCCCUGGUCCACAAAGAUGACUAGAGGAGGAAGACCACAGGAUGAAGAGGCGGCCUUUCCACCCCAGCUCCCCAGCCAGCCGCUUUUGUCUGCUCUCAUUCCACUGGAACUCAUGCUGCCACUGGCUGCCCUCAGCUAGUGUGU